AUGGCACCGCCGACACUGAAGUCUUCGCUGUGGAAACGCGAGGCGCCGGCGGACGACGAUACGGGUGAGACGGAGUCACCAUUCAGUUCCUCCACAUCAUACCCCGAUGCGGGUGACGCCCUUCCCAGCACCAUUCCACCACCGCGCAUAUUCAACAAACACUUCAGCCGACACCCAACCGAGACACCGGCCACACUGAUCGAUACAUUCGACGAUUCGAGUAGUAUAGCACCUACAAAAUCAACAGCAGAAGAUGUCGGCGAUCAGGCGAUACAAAUCACAAAACAGUUAGCAGAAGAUAUGGGAAUUUCGACAUGGGUUUUAGUAACAAUAAUUAUAGGAGUAUGUCUCGUAAUAUUAGGGAUAUGUUUCUGCUGCAUUCGAAGAUUUUUCCGCAAACGACGAGGAAAAGAUGGAAAAGGAAAAGGGAUGAAAGGAGUCGACCUCAAAUCUGUACAGCUGUUAGGGUCAGCGUAUAAAGAAAAGGUUCAGCCGGACACUGAAGAGCUCACGGAAAACAUCGAGGAACCCGAUGAAGACAAACCGGCCGAAAUCAAAUUAGGAAAACUCAACUUCAAGUUGGAGUACGACUUCAACUCAAACUCCUUAGCUGUGACCGUAAUACAAGCCGAAGAGUUGCCCGCGCUAGAUAUGGGAGGCACAUCCGACCCCUAUGUCAAGGUCUAUUUGCUGCCAGACAAAAAGAAGAAAUUCGAAACCAAGGUCCAUCGGAAGACCUUGAGUCCUGUCUUCAAUGAGACUUUCACAUUUAAGGGCGUUCCAUACGCGGACGCAAUGAACAAAACUCUAGUCUUUGCGAUAUUUGACUUCGAUCGGUUCAGCAAACACGACCAAAUCGGCGAAGUUAAGGUUCCUCUGUGUCAAGUGGAUUUGGCGCAAACCAUCGAGGAAUGGCGCGAAUUGCAGAGCGUCGAAGGCGAAGGCGGACAGAGUUUUAUUGGUGUUUUCGUGCGUAUAAUUUUAGAAAAUGCAGUGACGUUUUAUUCCACUGAGGAAAUCAGUGGCGCCUGUAUGAAAAUUUGCACUAUGGAAACUGAUUUGCCAGUGUUUCUCAACGUUAGUCAUUGCUUACUGGGGUGA